UUGAGCGCACAAGUGGAGAAGCUUACUGUACUGGGACGGGAAUUAAAACGUAAACAACGACAAGCGCAAAUGCAAGCCCGAGGUCUAGUAGAAGAAAGAGCCGACUUUUUAGCUCAACUGCAAGAUCAGAAUCGGGAACUUAUAAAUCUUCGGGGACGGCUUGGAAUGGCUAAGAAAGAAAAUGAGGAUUUGAGUAAAUUGCAGGGCUGUCCUGAUUUGACGAACAAAGCAAUUUAUGAUCUCGACGAUCCUGAUAGGCCGAGAUUUACGACUGCCGAGCUGAAAGAAAUCUUGCAUGAGCGAAAUGAAUUGAAGGCAAGAGUCUCGGAUCUCGAAGACGAAUUAGAGUUGUACCGACCAAAACCUGAAAUUCCUGAAGAUGACAAAGAUGCACCUGUGCAAGGACCGCUUCCUUAUGAACCUGAUGAUGCACCAUGGAAAAAGUCGUCUGAAUCUGGAAUUCGUAAAUUCUUCCGAAAAAUAUUCUCCGAGUCCAGCAGCAGCUUUCUCGGAGGUAGCAGUCCCAGACGAAGUCUUUCUAGUCUUUCAAAGAUGGCCCUAUCUGGUAGCAGUACCUGUGAUACGUCUAUAUAAUGCUUUUUUAAAAAAACGUUGGAUAAUUUUAAGUAAUUAGGACUUGUCGAUGACGACAACCAAGGACGACGUCGCUUAGGACUAGACUUUUUAUUUACAUAAUCACAUUCUCUGACUGCUCGAUAUACAAACGAUUUUACAUAGACAAUUUUAACGUCGUAGAUAUCAAUUCCUGUAAGAAAGAUAGUUGAUAUUAUUAUUGAGACCUGAUUCAUAGUAGAUAGAUAUGCAUGCAAUGAGUGAAUAGGAAACACUAGAUUUGUAUAAACUUAUAAACCUAUAAUAUAAAGGAAGAGACUUGUGUGCAUGUAUAUACUUGUAUAGAUGUAAAAAAGGACAAUGUGUAUUUAGCUGCACGACCUUAGUAUAUCACAAAUCACUUUUCUCAUUUUUGCUUUUUUCCAUUUAUUCCCUUUAGAUGUUGAAUUGAAAUUAAUAGGUAUAUAGAUAUAGAAUAUUCGUUAUUCGUAACGCAUGAAAGAAAAAUAUAGCGAUACAAUUAGAAAAAAAACAUUUGUUUUUUUCAAGACUACUAGGUGCGUGUAGUUUUAAAUGCAUUGAUGAGGUUCUAAUUGUGUCUAAUGUGAAACAGGUCUCAUUCUUUCUAUAUAUAUAGAUAUACGCAGAUACCAAAGUAUCCUAGUAACUAUUAUUUGCUCUCAAAGAGCAAUUUAUAUCUUAUCUUUCGAUAAUUUCCUUUAUUCUCUUGAUUAUCUAUAAAUAAACUAACCUAUUCUAUCUAACUUUACAAUUAAACACAAUUUUUAGAGUAAAUUCUACAUUGAGAAAACCACAAUAAGCUUUUAUAUCUUAUUUAUUAACUUUUUAACAUAUUUCGUAUGUUUAUUGUGUCAAAAUGCAUUUAUGAUGUGAUUAAAGUACAUAACAUUUGAAUUUGUAUUUUAUUUUUUAUCUUUUGUACAUUGUCGUAAGCAAUAACAUAUCUAUAUUCAAUUCUUUUAUCUCAUUUACAAUUAUUUGCGGACACUAUAUUGAAUUAAUAUAUUUCACAAUCUGUGCCAUGUGUUAAUGUAAAAAUAAAUAAGAAUAUUUUUCUUUCCAUGUUGCAAUUGUAAAUAUACUCAUAAAACACAAAUUGAUUUAGCUGUAUAUUUAUUUUAACGUGUAAUAUGUUCGUAUAAAAAUAUUCUUUCUCGGAUAUAUAGAUAUAUGACGAUAUAAAUAAAAAGUUAUCAAUAUCUAUACAUCUAAAUACUUAAAAACAUAGCAAAGUGGAUAUGUUGCUAUUUUAUAAGAUUAUCUAAAUUAAAGUUAAUAAGUAAUCAAAAAAGUUUUCUCUGCAAUGAUACACAUACUCGUAUAACAAGAAAAUUAUACAAAUUAGCAAAUGCUAAAAAGUUUCCAUCACAGAGGAUUCGUUGCAAGCUACGUUAUGUAUUAAACUUAGCUGUUCAUAAAUGCAAUAUAACUGUGUUAUGUGUAGUGCCUAUUUCAGUAUUACUUAUCAACUCUUGAACGAUUUAGUAAAGUUCCCUAGUAGUAAAACGAGAGACGACUUGAAAUGUAUAGAAUGAAUUAGAGUACGAAUUGUAAUGAACAAAAUGUAGCGAGCAUAAUUCUUACAGCUAUGGUGAGAUUAUAUAUAGCUAUAUGCUCAUAGUAAAUAAAACAUUUUUUAUUCAUUUUGUUAAAUCCGAGACGUUAAAUAUUUAAAAGAAAGAAAGAAAGAUAUUCUAGUUUUGUUGAAAAUAUUUUAUAAUGUAAUGGAGUAACAUGUGCAUAUCAGUGUUUUAUCCACUUUAUAUCAGACAAUAUAUUCUCAAAAAUGUUUUGUGAAUAUAUCUUUUAAAUGUAAAUUCAUAUUAUAUAAUGACUUUAUUUUAAUCCUAUAUACAGCGAGAGAAAAGGUUUGUUUAUAUUAGUAUAUACAUUUUUAGAUUUUUAUACUAGCAAAA